AUGGAAACGAGAGCUAAAUCCGACACUUAUUUCGUGCAGUAUCAAAAACAGCAACAUGGAGCUCGUGCUAACACAUGGAUGGAACAUAUUAGUAAUCUGGACAUUGAUCAUGCCCCAUCUUUUGUCAGGCAAACUAACUUAGUUUGUACUCUAGGUGAUUUGUGGGAUACGGAUGAGAAAAUUGACCAGAUGAUAAAAAGUGGCAUGAACAUUUUGCGUUUGAAUCUGAGUAUGGGUUCAAAAGAAAAGUACGCAGAAGUCAUACGUCGUGUUCGCCAAUUAGAAGAAUCAUAUGGCCAUAAUCCAGCUGUUGGUAUCGCACUUGAUCUUUCAGCUCCUCCUGUACGUACAGGUCUUAUAAAUGGGAGUGUUGACGGUUUUGUUGUAGUUCAAACGGGCCAGAUAAUCCAACUAAGCAUUUCCGACGAAUAUGAAGACAAGUCGUCAAAUUCUGUCAUCUGGAUAAGCUCAAAUUAUUUCCCAACACUUCUACAAUGCGUAGCUAUUGGUGAUCGCAUUUACAUUGAUGAGGGAAUGAUAUCCUUGAUUGUUAGAGAUAUCAAGAUAGACAGCAUAACUUGUUUAGUUGAACAAGGAGGUGAGAUUGGGAGCUAUAAACGUGUUCAGCUGCCAAGUGAAAGACUUUACGAAAAGACAUUCGACACUACGUAUAAAAGCGACCUAGAAUUCGCUGUUCAGUGUCAGGUUGAUUACGUAUUCACUGGUUAUGCCUCAAAUGCAAAUCAGGUUGCACAGGCUAAGAACAUUUUAGGCAAGGAUAUUCUUUUGUUUUCUAAAAUAGAAACCAAAGAAUCAAUAAAAAAUUUGAAUGAUAUAAUGUUAUUUUCCGAUGGCAUUAUUAUUGGACGUGGUCCUCUCAGUUUAUGCUAUCCAAAUGAAAAGGUUUUUCAGAUACAGAAACAAAUAAUUGCAGCUUGCAAUAUACUCCAUAAACCUGUAUUUGUUAUAACCCAUUUACUUGAGUCAAUGAGAUUUAAACCUCGAGCCACUCGAGCAGAGAUUAGUGAUAUUGCUAAUGCUGUUUUGGAUGGCGCUGAUGGACUUAUAUUAACUGUAGAAACUUCAAGAGGAAUGUUUCCAAAAGAAUCAUUAACAGUCUUACACAAGACUUGUCGAGAAGCAGAAGCUGCUGUUUUUCAUGAACAAUUUUGGAUAGAUCUUAAAGCAGCUAGAGAAAUAAGAGGACUUUCGUAUAUAGAUGCAGGAUAUAUUGCAGGUUUAGCUGCUGUUGAAGCUUCAAGUACAUCUAAUGCAUCUGCUAUUUUUGUUAUUACUACCUCUGGACGUUCUGCUUUGACAAUAGCUUCAUUCCAUCCUUCUUGUCCGGUAAUCGCAAUUAUGAGGCGACCUGAAGUAGCACGAAAAUGUCAUUCUAUACGUGGCAUACAUCCAUUUGUUUUCACAGGUGAGAAAUUAUCAGAAUGGUCUAAUGAUAUGGAUGAAAGAUUGAAUGCAGCACUGAAUUUUGCUAAGAAACGUGGAUUUGUCGGUAAUGGUGAUCAAAUCAUUGUAGUUACUGGACAGGAAGCUGGAAGUGGUUUCACCAAUACUGUGCGUAUAUUUCAAGUAUCAUCUGAUGAUCGUCCUUUGUCUGUUGUAAAUUCAAAACCUACUUUUGAAAAUGCUGGCGAUUGGACACAAUGA